AUGUUUUUUUUUCGUACAAAGGUAUUUGUCUUACAGCUUCUAUUGUUACUCAUUGUAGUAACAACAGCCUGGGGUCACACCAUAGGGAUUGAUUUUGGAUCAGAAUUUAUUAAAGUAGCAGGUCCUCAUGGUGUGCAAAACAUUGAUAUUGUUCUUAAUGAAAUUUCUCGACGAAAAACUGAUAGCAUCAUUGCCUUUAGAAAUGGUGAGCGUCUUAUAGGUUAUCCAGCCAAAAAAAAUGCGGCUCGCUUUCCUUGGUUGACAGCAGGUGCAAUAAAUCGUAUUAUGGGCCUGAAAAGUGAUUCUAAGGAAUUUGAUAAUGUAUCAAAAGAUCUUUACCAAAUGGAUAUCAGUUUUUCUGAGCGAGGUACUGCAGAAAUUCCGAUAGAAGAUCCGCAUGCUCCAUUUUCUGGCGAAGAACUCUACUCGAUGAUAUUAUCAUAUUUAUACAGGAUAUCCGUAAAUGAUGGUGUGCAUGAUCCAAAGGGUAUUAUGAUAACUAUACCAUUUAACACAUCUAUAGCAGGAAGGAGAGCUAUUUUAAAUGCGGCACAGUUCUCUGGUCUUAAUAUUCUAGGGCUUAUACACCCUACUACGGCCGCAGCAUUUUAUUAUGGUGUGCGUCACCGUGGGUUUGGUAAUCAAACACGUAACAUCGUUGUUUUUGAUAUCGGUAGCACUCAUACUGAAGCCGGUUUAUUUACUUUCUCUCCGCCUGAGAAGUCGGGUGACUUUUCAGAUUCCUUUGGGACACUUACUACUGUUGCAAUCUUGGGAGAUAACACUCUAGGUAGUCGUGCAUUUGAUAUUUGCUUAGCUGAGAUAAUUGAGGAGGAAGCAAGAAAAAAGUUGAACAUUGGACCUAUCAUCUCAGAUAAAAGUAAAGGGAAGAUGAGGUCUCUAUUUUCAUUACUUCGUGCGGCAAACGAAGUAAGGGAGAUUCUUUCAGUGAAUACAGAAGUACCUUAUACAGUGGAAAACAUUGCACCUGAGAAAGACUUUUCAUCGUCUAUCAUUCGAAAAACUUUCGAAACAAAAUGUGUCCACCUAUUUGACCGUGUCAAAAAGCUAGCAUCUGAUGUAAUUGCUCUUUCCACUCACAAAGUUUCGGAAAUUAGCGCGUUCGAAAUGAUGGGUGGAAUGGGACGCACACCGAAAAUUAUUUCCGAUUUAUCAUCUGUAAUUUCGCGCACUGUGGAUCGCACUUUGAAUAUGGAUGAGGCUGCUGCCUUAGGAGCCGCUUACUAUGCCGUAAAGCUAUCUCCUUUUUAUCGCACAAAAUCGCUCAAAAUUAUUGCUCAAGUACCUUAUCCUAUAUUUUUUGUUGUUGAACCUCAACUCAAUGAAAAGAUCCCACUCUUUUAUAGAGUGCUUUUCGAACAUAAUGCAACGAUCGGAAGCUUGGCAAGCAUUACUUUGAAACGCACGGAAGAUUUCACUCUUACUUUUUCGAUUUCUAACUCAUCUUCUGACGUGUUUGCUAAAAUUCAUGUGAAAGAUGUAAAAGCAGCUUUGGAUAAGUUAAAGUUCGAUAAGCCUUCAUUAGUACAUCCUAAUAAUUCUCACGGGGUGUACUUCCAGUUCAGAUCAAACGAGUCUGGGCUUAUUGAGAUCGAUAAAGCUAAUGCUAUUGUAAAACAUGCUGCUAACAUAUCGCAAACUGAGUUUAUAAAUGUAACUGAUGAAAAUGGAAAUGAAAUCCUAGAGCCUAAGAAAGUCUAUUCAAUAGAAAUGCGGCAUCGUUCCGCUCCCCUUGAUGUAUCCUUUGAGUGGCUAAAUCCACGUGAGUUAACUGAUGAAGAACUAUUGGCCUCCACUGAAAAAAUAUAUGACAUUCAGACCAAUGAGAACCAGAGACAUGCGGCAAUAUCUGCUAAAAAUCAUUUGGAGACUUAUAUUUUAUGGGCAAGGAGUGAAGAUGUCUUGGAGAACGAUAGUAUUGAUCGUGAAUUUCAUAGGGUGAAUCUAGAAAAGCUUACUGAAGCUUUAAACAGUGUGUAUGAAUGGCUUGAAAGUGGCCACGGUAGCACAGACGACUGCAAAGCAGAGGAGUAUGGUGUUCAACUGGAAGCACUGAAGGUGCUGGUUUCUAAGGUAAUGGAAGAUCCUGAGCCCUCUGGAGCUCAUAGCGAUCCCUCAAUACAAAAUAAUGACAUAGAAGAUGCAGGAGACCUUUGA